GCAUGGAGAGCGCCCGGAUGUGUUAGCAUUUAGCAUUCCGGAAGCCGGAAGUAAUUUAUGUUCACUAAGCCUUCGUUCGAAUUUGAAUCAGUCUUGGAAAUAGUUGGGGGGCUCGUUUGAAGAUGACUGACCGCUACAACAUCCACAGCCAGCUGGAGCAUUUGCAGUCCAAGUACAUCGGGACUGGACACGCCGACACCACCAAGUGGGAAUGGCUGGUCAAUCAGCACCGGGACUCCUACUGCUCCUACAUGGGUCACUUCGACCUGCUGACUUACUUCUCCAUCGCCGAGAACGAAAGCAAGGCGCGGGUGCGUUUCAACCUCAUGGAGAAGAUGCUGCAGCCGUGCGGCCCGCCGGCCGAUAAGCCCGACGACGCGUAGCCGGACAGGGUGCCCGAGCCGAGGCUGUGCGCUGGUGGAGAGAAGGAAAUACGACUGCGGAUCGUUUACUUACUUUUGGACGGUGUCAUUUUUUAAAAAAACAUUAAUUAUACAGCUUUCAUGAUGUCUGUUGCAGUAAAUUUGUAUAUUAAACUUCGUUACACGUCUUAA